AAUUCGGAAAAGCAUAACAAGUCGUCGUCGUCGUAGUCGCCAUCAUCAUCAUCAUCUUCUUCUUCUUCUUCUUGAAGAAACCUUUGCAAUUAUAUACUAUUUUUUCUCUUCAACCCAGAUUCUCCAAUCCUAUCUUGAUUUUCAGCAGGCUUAAUCUUGUCAUUAUCUUGGGAAAAUACCAAGACGUUGGUAUAAAAACUACACUCAGCUCAAAUUUCACGUAUCACUCAAAUUUUAGUACAACUACUACUCUCAAUCUAAAUACUUCUCCCUAUCUUGCUCUGUGAACUUUAUCUCUACAAUGGAAUUGGAGAGCAUACUGGGAUACCUGAAGAACAAGACUAUCUUAAUCACUGGAGCUACCGGCUUUGUAGGAAAGGUCUUGGUAGAGAAAAUAUUAAGAGUUCAACCAGACGUGAAAAGGCUCUAUCUUCUUUUAAGAGCUUCCGAUGCCAACUCUGCCACACAACGCAUGCAUAAUGAGAUUACAGGGAAAGAGUUGUUCAGGGUUCUGAGGGAGAAAUUAGGUGCAGAUUUUGAUUCUUACAUAUUGGAAAAAGUUGUUGCUCUGUCGGGAGAUGUAAUUUUUCAAGAUCUAGGAGUGAAGCCAGUCAAACUAAAGGAAGAGAUGUGCAAUGAAGUACAAAUCAUACUUAAUUCUGCAGCAAUCACUAGGUUUGAUGAAAGGUAUGAUGUUGCGUUGGAUGUGAAUACAUUUGGAGUUUUGAAUAUGUUGGACUUUGCAAAAAAAUGCUUGAAAUUGGAGAUGGUUGUCCACGUGUCAACAGCUUAUGUGUGUGGUGAAAGGGCAGGGCUGAUACUAGAGGACUCCUCUUCAAUGGAUGAGAUGGCAAAAAAACCCAGUAAAUUUGACUUGAAAUCGCAGGAAAAGAAAAUGGUGGAGAACAAGUUGAAAGAACUACAAGCACAAAACGCUUCAGAAGAAGUUAUAACAAGUGCAAUGAAGGACUUAGGCACCGCAAGGUCUAAGUUGUACGGGUGGGCAAAUACCUAUGUGCUUACAAAGGUGAUGGGAGAAAUGUAUCUAGGACAUGCAAAAGGUAAUCUAUCUGUUGCUAUUAUACGUCCAACUAUGAUUACAAGUACAUACAAGGAGCCAUUUUCAGGCUGGAUCGAAGGUUUCAGAACAUAUGAUAGUGUAAUUGGUGGUUACUGGAAAGGGAAGCUCACAGGCAUACCUGUCGAUCCUAUGUCAGUAGUGGAUAUGAUUCCAGUUGACAUGGUGGUAAAUUCAAUAAUUACAGCGAUGGUCGUUAAUGCAAACAAAUCUGGCAAAAUCAUUUACCACCUGGGAACUUCAUUGAGAAAUCCCUUAACAUUUUCUGAUUUUAACAACUUUAUGUUCCAAUACUGCACCAAAAAUCCAUGGCUUAACAAUGAUGGAAGCCCAGUCAAGGUUGGAAAGUUGAAAAUGUUGAGGAGUAUGGACACUUUUCAUUUGUACAUGCAAAUACCAUUACAGGUAUUAAAGUUCAUGAACAAGGAAUUUGACCAAUAUUUCCAAGACGUAUACGUUAACUAUAACAGGAAAGUCAAAUUAGUGAAACGGUUGGUUGAGUUCUACAGAGCAUAUUUGCUAUUCAAGGGCAUCUUUGAUGACACCAAUGCAGAAGAGUUGCGAAGGAUAGCAAGUGAGAACUACACAGAUGCAGACAAUUUUAAUUUUGAUCCAAAGUGCAUAGAUUGGGAAGACUACUAUAUGCAUACUCACAUUCCUGGCUUUGCAAAGCAUGUUGUCAUCAAACACAGCCAAAGUCGACUUUGAAUGAAUAAAUUACUUCUUGCACUGAUAUUACAGGAAGGAGAAUAAUAAGUGUAAUGGCUAUAAAGAGUUUACGAGUGUUGUAUAAAGAUCUAGCUAUAAUAGGUACAUUUU